AUGAUUACUUCAGAUUUGCCAGUACUACAGGAUUCUACAAAUGAAACAACUACACAUUCAGAUGCUGGCAGUGAGCUUGAAGAAGCAGAAGUCAAAGGAAAAAGAAAGAGGGGCCGUCCUGGCAGGCCUCCAUCUGCCACUAAGAAACCUCGGAAGUCUCCAGCAGACAAGGGUCGUUCUGAAUCUGGAGCUAGAGGAGCAAGUCGUGGAAGAGCUAAUGGCCACCCUCAGCAGAAUGGAGAAGGGGACCCUGUCACUUUGUUUGAGGUGGUUAAGCUGGGGAAGAGUGCUAUGCAGUCUGUGGUGGACGACUGGAUUGAAUCAUAUAAACAAGACAGGGACAUAGCACUUCUGGAUUUAAUCAACUUCUUUAUCCAGUGUUCAGGAUGUCGAGGUACUGUAAGAAUUGAAAUGUUCAGGAACAUGCAAAAUGCAGAAAUCAUAAGGAAAAUGACAGAAGAAUUUGAUGAGGACAGUGGUGAUUAUCCACUUACCAUGCCUGGGCCACAGUGGAAGAAGUUUCGAUCCAACUUCUGCGAGUUCAUUGGAGUGCUCAUUCGACAGUGUCAGUAUAGCAUCAUUUAUGACGAAUACAUGAUGGACACGGUGAUCUCUCUUCUGACUGGUUUGUCAGAUUCCCAGGUCCGGGCUUUCAGGCACACCAGUACAUUAGCUGCUAUGAAGCUUAUGACUGCUCUUGUGAAUGUUGCCUUAAACCUGAGCAUUCAUCAGGAUAAUACACAGAGGCAGUAUGAAGCUGAGAGAAACAAAAUGAUUGGCAAAAGAGCUAAUGAAAGAUUGGAGCUGCUGCUUCAGAAAAGAAAAGAGCUACAAGAAAACCAAGAUGAAAUUGAAAAUAUGAUGAACUCUAUUUUUAAGGGUAUAUUUGUUCAUAGAUACCGUGAUGCUAUUGCUGAGAUUAGAGCUGUCUGUAUUGAAGAAAUUGGUGUCUGGAUGAAAAUGUACAGUGAUGCCUUCCUGAAUGAUAGUUAUUUAAAAUACGUUGGUUGGACACUACAUGACAGGCAAGGUGAAGUGAGGUUGAAGUGCUUGAAAGCUCUUCAGAGUCUGUAUACCAACAGAGAGUUAUUUCCAAAACUGGAGCUCUUCACUAAUAGAUUCAAGGAUCGCAUUGUAUCAAUGACACUUGAUAAGGAAUAUGAUGUCGCGGUGGAAGCCAUUCGAUUAGUCACGCUAAUACUUCAUGGAAGCGAAGAAGCUCUGUCAAAUGAAGACUGUGAGAAUGUUUAUCACUUGGUGUAUUCAGCACACCGGCCUGUUGCAGUAGCAGCUGGGGAAUUCCUUCACAAAAAACUGUUCAGCAGACAUGAUCCCCAAGCUGAAGAGGCUCUAGCAAAGAGGAGGGGGCGAAAUAGUCCAAAUGGAAACCUUAUUAGAAUGUUGGUUCUUUUCUUUCUUGAAA